AACCAAAGCGUCUAUUUCUAAUUUGUGCACUGGUUUAGAAGUUCGCAGAACAUCACCUUCAGCAUCUCCUACGUGAUAUUUCAAAACCAAAAAAGUUAUUUUUUUCGACAGAACUAGAAGUACGCCUAUCCUAUAAAUAUAGCAUUGCAGCAGAAGUAUUUUUUGCAUUUCUAGAAGCAACACAAUCACAAAUCAUAGCAAGACGAUUUUUUUCUUUCAAAAUCAAUCUUCUCAAACAAAUUUCAAACCCAAAAAAAAAUUAGGCAGAGAGUAGAGCGGUGUUUUUUUCCCCUGGGCGGGAAAGCUGCGCCACACUUGAGGUAAUAUAAGCUCAAAUCCACGAUAAGGAAUCGAGAUCGACUUGUCAAAUAAAGGAUUUUUCUUCGUUGAUCAUUGAUACAUAGUCGUUAGCAUCAUGCCGGACGAGGAGAAGAAGCCGGCGGCGGACGCCUUCAAGCCCGAUGCUUGGGUGCACGACAAGGUGUACAACAUCUUCGGCUUUCCGAAGGCCAAGAAGGACAAGGCAAUGCAGACCAUCGAUGAUGACACGAAAACCGAGGUCAAGUCGUUCUGUGACAAGGAGGAGGUCAACUUCCUGGUCUUUUCCUCCGCAGCGGAGGGCGUCUGGAUAUGCAAUGCAAAAGCAUCGUACUAGUAGUAUAAAUUGCAUUACAAAUUUCCUCAGCAUGACAAACGCAAUUUGCAAUGCUGUUUUACCUUAGGAAGAAGAUUCGUCAUGCAUAUGUGCAAUUAGUACGAGUGCGGUACUUUUGCACAGGAUACUGGACGGCCACCAGCGACCUGCCGGACAUCACCAAGCUGAAAAAGAAAAUCCUCUUCGUGCACAAGGUGUUUGCUUUAAUUGUUUUUUGACGAGCUGAUGUUUUUGAGUUUCGGAAUCGGAAAAAAGUCUACAUAUUAUGUCGCUCUUUUUUCUUCGACGCGCUUGUUCCUCUGCAUUCAUGAUUUCUGAUCGUUCUUCGUUCGCAUGGUAAUAUCCAGUAUGAAUAAAUAAAAUCUCUAUCUCUACAUCAGUGCGGGUCCGGCAAGAUAACGAAGGAGAACCUGUACGACCGGGUUUUGUUUAUGGAGGCCACGAAGGACUUGAUGUCUAUGUUGAACAACUACUGCCACCACAUUUACCUGUCCACGCUGUCCAACCCGGCGAACCAGACCGGCUGGAGCGACCUGAUCAGCAAGGACCUGAUGGACAAGUACCACGUCUUUCUGGCCAACCUCCACGUCACCUGCGGGCUGAUGAUGGGCAAAACCCUCCUCCCCCUGCCGCCGAAGGAGGCGACCAGCGAGCGGGCGUCCUCCACCAACAAGGACCGGGUGCACAUCCUGGAGUCCGCCGUGAUUACCUGGACAAAGCAAAUUUCCCACGUGUUGAAACAGGACCCCGAGGCGCUGCUGAAGCAGGGCAACCCGGGCCCGAUGGUGGAGCUGGAGUUCUGGAGAAAUAAAGCGACCAACCUGAACGUGAUCCACGCACAGCUGCAGUCCGAGCAGCUGAAGAAGGUGUUGAAAUUUCUGGAACAGAACAAGUCCACCUACACGCAACCCUUCUAUCCCACAGAAAAAAGCUGGCAGGGCAUAUUUGUAAUGCAAAAAUAAAGACACAGAAAAAUCUGUCAUGGGCGGCCUCAUAGCAUGCUAUUUAGGAUAUGCAAUACAAAUUUUUUUUGUCUAUUUAUUUUUGCAUAUACAAAUAUGACCCGCCAGCUUUUUUCUGUGUGAUACCUGCUCCCGACUGCAGAAGGAGGUCGAGCAGGCGCGGGACGAGGCGAUCGACAACGAUCACUUUUUGAAGACGCUGGUUCCCUUCUUCGACGUUUUGACCAACGAUGGGGCGGACUACGAGAAGCUCCCGAACUGCUUCGACGGGCUGCUGCACACCAUUCUGCUGAUCUGGAAGUACAGCAAGUACUACAACACCCCGGGGAGACUGGUCGUGUUGAUCCGCGAAGUGUGCAAUGUGAUCAUCAACCAGUCACUGAAGUACAUCAACGGGCCGCAAAUCUUCACGUUGAUCCAGAACGAGGAGGCGAAGGAAGCGGUGGACAAAUUGGAAAGGACCCUCGCGAUUUGCACGGAGUUUAAGGACCGGUACGCCAUGUACAAGGACAUCGCGGAGCAGCAGCCGAACGGCGGGUGGAAGAUCCAGUCCAACGCCUUGUUCGUGCGGUUGGACGCGUUCCGCGAGCGGUGCCGCGACAUUUUGGACUUCACCAAGACGAUCGUGCAGUUCAUCAAGUUGGAGCGGAUCGACAUCGGCGGCACGAAGGGAAAGUUGCUCACCCAGGCGAUUUAUCAAAUGUAAAAAUGUCUGGGUCUGGAAAAUGCAACUUGUCAUGCUAAAUCUGAAGCAUGCAAAAAUCUGUGUUGCAUGAUUACCGAAAGUCGUCCAGUUUUGACCAAGUCGGGAGGGAGUUGCUCAUGCAGGAUAGGCAUGAGAGAGAUCGCGCAAAAUCUGUGAUGCUAGGUCCUGCAUUCCAGACCUCAUGGGUCAUGGAAAAGCUGCAUGACAAGUCGCGCAUUCUUCCAGACCCAGACACUUUUGCAUUUGAUACGAUUGUGAACAUCUACGAGGAGUUCCAGCGCGCGGUCGCCACCUUUCUAUGGGAGUGUCAGGAUCGAAAUCUGCAAAAUCGCAAAAUUUGUAAUGCAUAAAAUGUAGGGCACAUAUGGCCUGUAUUGGGGAGCAGGCAAAUGAGACCGAUUACAAGCCUGUUUAGGGAAGACGAUGCGCUGCCGGAGUAGCAUGACAGGAGCAGUCUUCUUUGCCAAAACAGCAUGACGGGCUGGAUUUUGUUGCUCCCAAAAUUUGUCAUGCACUACUUGGAAACUAAGGCUCCAACUGGUAUCGAUUUUAUGCAUCACAAAUUAUUUCGAUUUUGUUGAUUUCGAUCCUGGCGCUUGCAUACUUUCAAGCGGUCGAGUACGACAUUAUGGACAUCAACGAGAUGCGGUUCGACGACGAUUUCUUCGCCUUCCGCAUGUCCAUCCGGGAGCUGGACCGGCGAAUGGCCACCGUGCUCGGGCUCGGGUUCGACGACCUGGACUCCGUGGCGGGCCGGGCGAAGCUCUUCGACGGGUUCGAGGGCUUGCUGGAGCGCCCGAUUCUGGAGGACGAGUUGGAAAAGAAGUACACGGUUCUGCUCACCAACGUCCGCGCGGAUUUGAAGGUGUGCAAGACGCUGUUCAGCCAGAACAAAGCGCAGAUCGACCUGGUGUCCGACAUUGCGCCCUUGUUCCUGAACUUCCCACCCGUCGCCGGCGCCAUCUACUGGGUGCGCGCACUGAAGCAGCGCAUCGACAUGCCCAUGAGCAAGCUGCUGGUGUUUAACAAGUUGGUCAGGGAUAUGGAUCUGUCAGGAUUGAAAUCGUCAAAGUUGAAAUAGUUUGCGAUGCAUAAAAUGCAACCCACAAAGUGCCUGUGUUGCAGAGUAGGCAUCGGAGGCAGAUUGUAAGCCUGUUGAGGGGUAGUAAUAGAGCUGGUAAAGUAGCAUGACAAAAGGCAUCUUCCUUACCCAAACAGCAUGGCAAAGUGGAUUUCGGCUCUACCCAAAUUUGUCAUGCGCCACUUGGAACCUGGGUUACAACUUUCAUCCAUUUUAUGCAGCAUUAAUACAAGUUAUUUCAACUUUGUCGAUUUCAAAUCUGACGCUUCCAUAAGGGAAAAACCCGAGGAGUACCGGGAAGUGGAAAAGUUGUACAACCAGUUAUCCGAACUCUUUGACGAGUACGAGGGUAAAAAGUACAAGGAGUGGAAGGCAACGCAGGUCGAACCGACGAAGGAGAAGCUGAAGAUGCGGUUGUUGCGAAGGUUGGAGAAAACCGGUUUGUUGAAGGUGAACUUCGACUAUGCAACACAAAUUUCCCGUACAUGUACAGCAUGCAUCACAAAUUUCACCAAUUUGGAGCGUAAAACUUGUCAUGCUAAACUAGGAUCGAAGCCAAGUUUUGUCAUGCCGACACCGCAUCUGUACGUGUACGGGAAAUUUCCUGUGGAUAUCGACCCGGCUCUGGUCCGGUUGCUCCGGGAAGUGCGAUAUUUCCUGCUGUUCGGCUUAGAGGUCCCGGAAAUAUGAAUUGCAAAAAUUUCUGGGUCUGGAAGGUUGAUGCAACUUGUCAUGGUAAAUCUGAAUCAUGUAAAAAUCUGCGUUGCGCGAUUACCUCGAAAAGCUGUCCACUUUUGAUCAAGUUAGGAUGGAGUUAUUUCUCAUGCAGGAUAGGCAUUGCAUUAACGCAGAAGCACCCGGCGCUAAAUUGAAUCGCAACGCAAUUCAAAUGAAAUUCAAAAGUUCAGCAAUUUCAGUUUUUCGAGUAGUAGAGUGCUAGUUCUAGGUUGGCAUGUAUAAUGCGGCGCAUCAGUAGCCCCAGCCCUUCCAUACUAGAUUCGCAAGCGAUUUUCGUGCUCCUUUCGAGCGUGCUUCUUUUCGAAUACUCCAGUCAUGCCGUUGUGUUGAGUUUUCGCCUUCUAGCUAGAUCGCUUAUUGACACCCUCAUGGCUUUAUUUCUUUGACCAUCGGCAACAAGGCCGGCCUUCCUUCUUUGAUGGUCUUUUAGUUAGGGUUCGUCCUUCCUCUUGCCUACCUAGUUCUGAGCGCGCCUCUUUAUUGUAGUUCUUUACCCUCUCGGCAUUUGUGCAGGAGGACGAGCUUCGGCAUUUGCGCAUCUUGAUAUGGUAGCGGUAUUUGCGCAUUGCUUCGCCACUGUGGGCGAGCAAGAGGCGACCUUGCAGUGAACAGCCCCACAGAGGAAAGACCUCUUCUUCCCUCAUCUGAUAGCGAUACGCAAUAUCUGGGCGGCUAUAUGCCGGCUUCUGACUUUUUUCAUGUCUUGGACAGAUGUUCUUCUCUGCUUGAAAGUCAGUGCGUACCAGUUUCACUGCAAGGAAGACAGACAAACUUCCGCCGCCUGCAGCGGUGAUUCAUUUGCUUUGGAUAUGUCUUAGGAGCGGGUCCUCUACCUGCAGAGGCAGUGCCUUUUCUUGGUAGCACAGCGACAGCGGCGGCCGCUCAGGUUUUCGUCAAUGGAACGCCGGCGCCAUCGAGACGGAGCUGCCAGGAUUUAUUUUCUAAGACUAAAAAUUAUUAAAAAUAAAAAAGAGCGCUUUCGUUCUGGUCCCGGACUUCAAUCAAAAAAAAUCACAGACCCAAAAAAAAUCGGUCAUGUCCUGAUUUCUAAGAUAGGGACCGAAUUCUGACCGAUUUAUGACCGACCUGUGACCUGUUUGGCGGGUCCUUGAUUUCCGCUGAAAUUGCUUGAUUGCCGCUAGAAUUCCUUGAUUGCCGCUAGAAUUCCUUGAUUGCCGCUAGAAAUCCAUGAUUGCCGCUAGAAGUGCUCGAUUGCCGCUAAGAAUGUAGAUGGGGGCGUGAUUUCCUUUCGAAAUCUGGCCCCGCGCAUCCUCAGCUUUUUCCUCGUGGCGCGAUAUUCCUAUACCCCGCCGAGCGGGCGCGUCCUCUGGCUUGGUCUGUCUGGCUUGCUCGCCCCCUCUGUGUUUCUUUUCGCGCGGAGGCCUGCUGGUUGCGCCACUUCUUUCCGAAAACCAGUCUGCCCCGCGUUGCUUUUUUUCUUUGGGGAAAAAAAAAAACGCGCGCGCGCUGCGCGCGCGCGAUCUUUUUGUUGUCUUCUCGUCUGGCCCUGCCGGGAAUCCCGUACCCCCCCCCCGGUGGUCCUGCAAACGAAAGCCAGGUACAUGACACAAGCCCCCCGAUUGGCCUUCGCCCGUUCCGGCUUGCUAGCUAUUUUUUUCCUGCAGUGUGCCGCGCCAUUCCGCAGGGGGCGGGGCGUGUCGGCUCAUGGGGCCGGGCCAUGCUUUAUGGCGGGCCCCGCUCUGUCCGUUCGUGGUGGCGCGCGUGCACCUUUCCUGGUUUUAUUUCCUGCUCUGUUGCCCUGCUUGUCCGUCCCGGCUGGGCAGCUGCAUGGCGGUGUGUGCAGGGCGAUGUGCCCGGCGUAGCUCUGCCGGGCGGAAUUCGUUGUAUAUUUGUUUUCAUUCAUUUCGACUUGAUUUGGAACAUUCAUGCCCCAAUGCCAGAUCGCCCUCGAAAGUUCAAAACUUCAAACUUUUGAAAUUCAUUUGAAUUGUGUGUAGAUAUGAAUUAGCGCACGCCCUCUUUGGAGUUAAGCAUUGCACAGACCUCGCAGUAAAGUCUGUCGUGCUAAGUCCCGCAUUCCAGACCUCAUGGGUCAUGGAAAAUCUGCAUGACAAGUUUACACUUUAGUUUUCCAACCCCAGACACUUUUGCAGUUGAUACGAAACCGCACUGAACAUUUUCUCGCGCGCCGACGUGUACCGCACCUGGUGCGGCCAGCUGGAUAUCGUGGUCGGAAAAUACAACGCAGUUAUGCAAUACAAAUUUUCCGUACAUGUACAACAUGCAUCACAAAUUUCACCAAUUUGGAGCGUAAAACUUGUCAUGCUAAACUAGGAUCGAAACCAAGUUUUGUCAUGCAGAGACCGCAUCUGUACGUGUGCGGGAAAUUUACUGUGGAUAGCAGUGUUAACAGAGCUAUUACCUGUGGAAGAGCCGCUGUUAGAGGACAAGAUCGUCCGCAUGGACAGCGCGCUGAGUCCGGGGUUGACGGACCUCCGGUGGAAGACCGAGGAUAAAAUCUAUCCUACGGAAAAACGUCCCCACACCAUAGUCAACAUGGGAAAUCUGCAACACAAAUCUCCAACUUUUGAGAGUUCUGCAUGACAAGUUUCCAUCUGCAGUGUAGUGCUGGUUGGCAAGGAAAGCCGUAACAAGAGAAAGCCAUUUACUCAUCGUGUUUACAGCAUUACAAAUUCCAAAACACGACUGGAAAUACCUCUCAAGGAAAAGCGCAUUACAAAUGUUCCUGUCAUUGCACGUUUGCAUGACAACUCUGGCGGGGUGGGGACGUUUUUACACAGGACAAGAUCCCCGCUUUGAUCAAAUUUGUCACAGACGUGGUCGGUGAAGUGUCCGUAGCAAAUGCAAAAAUGUCUGGGUCUGGAAGAUUUCUAGAUUUGUCAUGCAUCUUUUCCAUGACCCGUGAUGUCUGUGAUGCAUGCCGUAGCAUCAGAGAUUUUUAGAGCGCUUUGCGAUACCUUUACCGCUUGAGAAACGCCCUCUCCGCGUAGAUAAAACUGGAAUCCCCUUGCUGGUCAACAUGCAAUACAAUUUUUUUCAGAAUCCAGAGACAGCAUUACAAGUUUAGCAUGUUCAGACCCAGACAUUGUUGCAUUUGAUAGUCCGAUGUGGUGGACGCAAUCAAGGGAAAUUUGAAAAAGAUCUCCGCCAUCAUCGAGCAGUGGUGCCAUAUGGAGUUCUCAAAUGUUACAUUCUGAACUGUUACAUGGAUUUCUAAUGCAAGACUGGCAAAAUUGGAAGGAGGAAGAUUGCGCCUUUUGCAUUACAAGUUUGGCGCAGAUUUAGAUGCUUUGUAGCCCUCGCGAAAUUUGUCAUGCGACGCAGCUCGAUCAUCUGCCGGCUUAAGGUGCUUUUGCAUGACAAAUUCAUGUAAGAGUUGAGAAUGUAACGCUUGAGAGCGCCAUAUGCCAGAGUCCGUUGUUGGAACGAAAAGCCAAACCGAUGGCCGUGGACGAGUUCGACCUGGCGCACAAGGCCAACGUCGGCACGCGGUUGCACAUGAUGGGCGAGGCGGGCAAGGAGAUCCACAAGUUCCUGAAGGAUUCCAACGAGGCCCUGAAGGUCGCGAAGUCCUCGAACAUCUGGAAAAACUACGUGGACUUCGUGAACAACAUCAUGAUCGAGGGUUUCGUGUCCGUGAUCGCGGUCUCGCUGCAGUACCUGUGCGAGAUUCUGGACCCGCUGAUCAUCUCAAGACACGACGUACAGCCGCUGUUCGACAUCAAAAUCGAACUCGACCCGGAAAGCGGGGAAAUCGUGUUCGACCCGCCGUUCGCGCCGAAGGAAAAGGACGGCGUCGCGCUCCGCGGGACGAUCAACGGCUGGCUCCGCGACUUCUUCGCCAUGGCGGCGGUGACGAUGCCACGGUUGGACACCGGUACCGGGGAUUACCUGAACGAGAUGAAGGAGCACUUCCAGAUGCAAUGCUUGUUGUCUCUCGUGUUCGAACUGAUCGACAACACGGAGAUGAAGUGCAUCGACUACCGACAGACGUUCAUGCAGCACAGCUUUUUGUGGAAGGAAUCCCUCGAAGAGACCUUCGCCGACUUUUUGCUGGACGGCGCGAAGGACUUGGUCAACCCGGAAGUGGAGGACGGCAUGGAUUUCCACACGCUGAUGGACACGGCCGGCAUCGACAUGGGACCCAAGAUCCCGCCGUUCGAGCGGUUCGACGAGCAGAUCACGCGGUUCAAGCGGUUGAAGGAGGAAAUUGCGGGGACGAAAACCCCGGUGGACAUCCACUGGCUGCGCAUCAACUCGUAUCAAACGGAAAAAUCCCCCCUCCCCAUAUCGAAAUGGAAAUCUGUGAUGCAGGAUUUGAGGUACCAAAUCGACUUGUCAUGCUAGAAGGCCAAGAGCCGCAGUCGUGGUCUCGUUUGCAGGCAAUUUGUCAUGCUGUUUCCCGCUCGCAGCUGCCUCCUAUCAUGCUGAAGAUGCAAGGCUCCCCCACGCCACCCAGCACUACAGUCCGCAUCUUUUCCCGUGUAGCAUGACAAAGCUGAUUUGUGACAACAAAUCUGCAUCACAGAAUUCCGUUUUGAUAUGGGGAGGGGGGAUUUUUCCUUUUGAUAACUCGCAGCCCGUGAAGAUCAUAUGGAAGCGUCAGGUUUGAAAGCGUCAAAGUUGAAAUAGUUUGUCAUGCAUAAAAUGCAACCCUCAAAGUGCCUGUCUUGCAGAGUAGGUAAGUGAGGCAGAUUGUAAGCCUGUUGAGGAGUAGAAACUGAGCUGCUAAAGUAGCAUGACAAAAGGCGUCUUUCUUACCCAAACAGCAUGACAAACCGGAUUCCGGCUCUACCCAAAUUUGUCAUGCGCGACUUGGAAACUGGGUCACAACGUUCAUACAUUUUUUGCAUUACAAGUUAUUUCACCUUUGUCGAUUUCAAACCUGACACAUCCAUAGAUCAACCUGGUGCAGUACGUCGCGAAGUGGGAGGAGAAGUACUCGAUGUACCUGCACAGCUACGUCGAGGAGCGCAUUGUGCAGUUGAUGGGCUUCAUCAACAACGUGCAGAAGGGCUUGACCGAGAUCUCCCCGGCGGACGAUCCGGAAAACUCCGCGCUGUUGUACCAGACCAUGACGCACAUCCGCGACGUGAAGUUCCUGCAGGGACCGUUGAAAACGCUGUUCGAGCCCAUCUAUGAACUGCAAAAGUAUCAUACUCGUAUAAAUGCAUUACAGAUUUGCUCAGCAUGAGAAAUAAAAUUUGUAAUGCUGAUUUGCCUUGACAAAGAAAUUUGUAAUGCAAGACCUGCAUUUAUACGAUACGAGUGCGAUACUUUUGCACAGCAUACCAUCCGCCAGGGCUGCAACCUGCUGCGCAAGCACGGCGUCCCGGUCGCGGAGGAGCACCUGAUCGAGCUCGAGGCGGCGCCGGCCCGGUGGGAGGAGGUGAUUCGGGCCGCGUUCGACGAGCGUGAGAGGAUUUUGCCGCUGCAGAACGUCGAGAUGUUGAAGAUCCGUCACACCAUCGACUCCUUCGGGUCCACCGUCGGCGACUUCCGCGCGCAGUUCCGCGCGGAGUGUCCCUUCGACCACAGCCGGUUCUUGGACCUCCCGAUUCCGGAGGAGCUGCAGGCGCAGAUCGACGAGGCGGCCAACUCGCAGGACGCGCAGAAACUGAUCGACGCGUUCGAGGCGGAGGGCUACGACCGCGCCUACCAGACGCUGGAUGACUACUACGUGAAGACGCACGAGAUCCAGAAGAAGGCCAAGGAGUACAACAAUCUCGAGAUUUUGUUCGACAUCUCGGUGUCCAACUAUCGCAGUCUGAAGGAGUCGCUGGACGAUCUGGGCCUGUUGAAGAACUUGUGGGACACCAUCUCCAUGAUCAAGACCACGUUUAAAGACUGGAACACCACACUGUGGGACAAGAUCAACACCGACGAUCUGAUGCAGCGGGUGAAGGAGUUCCAGAUGCAAAUGAAGGUGAUGCCGAAGGGCAUGCGCACCUGGCCGCUGUACAACUGGCUGAUCGACCAGGUGAAGAACAUGGCGACAGUGCUCCCCCUGAUCAACGACCUGCGGUCCGACACCAUGCGCGACCGCCACUGGACCAUGAUCAUGACGGUCACCGGGAAGCACUUCGAGAAGGGCCCGAACUUCUGCUUUAAAGAUUUGUUGGUGUUGAACCUCCACCACUACGCGGACGAUGUGUCCGAAAUCGUGGACCAAUCUGCAAAGGAAGCGAAGAUCGACAAGAAGCUGAUAUGCAUUGCAAAAAUGUCUGGGUCUGGAAGACUGCAACUUGUCAUGGUAAAUCUGAAGCAUGCAAGAGUCUGUGUUGCAUGAGUGCGAAAAGCUGUCCACUUUUGACCAAGUUGGAACUGAGUUGCUCAUGCAGAAUAGGCAUGGCAGAGACCUCGGAGAGUCUGUCAUGCUAAGUCCUGGAUGGCAGUCCUCAUGGGUCAUGGAAAAUCUGCAUGACAAGUCUACACUCUUCCAGACCCAGACACUUUUGCACCUGAUAGCUGACCAUCAUCCGGAACACGUGGUCGAAGAUGGAGAUGCGGUUCAACAUGUCAAACCCGGACGUGUAUGGAUUGCAAAAAUGUCUGGAUCUGGAUCUGGAAAAUUGGAACUUGUGAUGCUGCAUUUCGAUUCUAAAAUAAUCUGUAUUGCAUGAGCAGCAAAGAGAGUACAAGUUUUGCUACACGGAAAGAGCAUUUGUCAUGCGGUAUAGCUAUAGGCAUCAGGAAGCCGUCACAAAAUCUGUGAUGCUAGGGCAUGCAUCACAGACAUAGGAGCCAUGCAAAAUGUGCAUGACAAACCUUGGUGGAUCCUUCCAGACCCAGACAAUUUUGCAUUUGAUAGCGUGCCGCUGCUGGAGGAAUUAGGUGAGACUGUCGAGAUUCUGGAAGCGCACAGUUUAGAAAUGGUCGGUAUGACCUCGCAGGGCCGGUUCAUCGAGUUCUGUCAGGCGGUGGUGGACGAGUGGUCCGCGAAAUUGAGAACCAUCGACGCGGUCGUCGACAUCUGGCAGAAGGUGCAGCUGAACUGGUCGCGAUUGGAGCUAUGCAAGAAAAAAACUGUGUAAGUGUAAAUUUGUGUUGCAGAAGAUGCAACAGAGUUACACCUGUCAUGCCAGACAGCCAUGAAGUCCUAUUUUCAUGUGUGUUUUCCCUUACAAAUCAUGCAUGACAGGUUUUCUCUGUCAUGUAGAGCAAAUUUGUGAUGCUGUUUCUCAAAGAUGAAAGCUACACUUACACACUUUUUUUCCUGGAUAGGAGCCCAUCUUCAUGCAGUCCGACGAUAUCCGGUCGCAGCUGCCGGAUGAAUCGAAAAGGUUUGAUAUCCUGAGUAAAAACGUACCCACACCAGAGUUGUAAUGCAAAUCUGCAUGCUGAAAAUGUUUCUCAUGCGGAGCUCCAUGAGAAGCAUUUUCUAGUCGUGUUUUGCAAUUUGUCAUGCUCCAAUCAGCAUGGUAUGCUAGAUCUGUGAUGCUGCUGAGCUAGCUGAAACAGCACUAUACUACGAAUCCAAAUUUGUCAUGCAAAACAGCCAAAACUUGUGGAUUUGUCUAGCCGAUUCCCCAUCUUGACUCUGGUGUGGGUACGUUUUUACUCAGGAUAUUUGAGGCGGUGGACGGCAAGUGGAAGGAGCUGAUGCUCGACGCCUCGCAGUCCACCAUGCUGGUCGAAAUCUGCUGCGCCGAGGGCCGGCUGGAUGCGCUGCGCGAGAUCCACGAAACCAUCGAGACGUGUGAGAAGGCACUGAACGACUAUUUAGAGCAGAAGAAAAAAGCGUUCCCGCGGUUCUACUUCGUGGCGAAUCAGUAUGGAUGUGUCAGAGUUGAAAUCGACAAAGUUGAAAUAAUUUGUCAUGCAUAAAAUGGAUGCCAGUUGGAACCCAGUUUCCAAGUGGCGCAUGACAAAUCUUGGCGGCCCUUAAAUCCAGUUUGUCAUGCUGUUUAGGCAAAGAAGAGCGAUUUUAUCAUGCUACUUUAGCAGCUCGAGCUGUAACCCCAAACAGGCUUACAAUCGGCCUCACUUGCCUGCUCUGCAACACACGUACCUCGGGUCAUGCAUUUUAUGCAUUACAAAUUAUGUCAACUUUGACGAUUUCAAACCUGACGCUUCCAUAAUCAGGCGCUUCUGGAUAUCCUCUCCAAUGGUAACCGCCCAUUGAAGGUCGCGGCGUACUUGGGGGACGUGUUCGACGCAACGAAAACGUUGGACUUCUCCAAGUCUCCGGACGACGGGAAGAUCGGUUGUGGUAUGGUCGCGAAGGAUGGUGAGUAUGUGGCGUUCCAUGAAGAUUUCACCCUUGCCGGUGCCGUGGAGACGUACCUCUACAACCUGGAAGGUCAUGUGAGAUUAGUGUUGCGCGACCAGAUGGAGGUUGCCCGCGGCACCGCGGAGAACUGGGAGAUCGACAAUCCCCGAGAAUUCUGGCUGGAACCGUACUGCGCGCAGAUUGCGUAUCAACUGCAAAUAUGUCUGGGUCUGGAAGAGUGCAAGGUUUGUCAUGCAUAUUUCGCAUGACCCAUGAUAGUUUGUGAUGUAUGCCCUAGCAUUACAGGUUUUUAGAACCCUUCCUGAUGCCUAUUCCGCAUGAGAAGCGCCCUCCUCACUAGUAGUCCCAAACUGGGCUCCUCUUGCUGGUCAUGCAAUACAAAUUUUUUUAGAGUCCAAAGUCAGCAUGAGAAGUUGCAAGCUUCCACACCCAGACAUAUUUGCAAUGCAGAUUGCGCUCCUGAUCACCAUGAUGGUGUGGACGGAGGAGACCGGUCGCGCGUUUGAGGAGAUCGAAGCGGGAAGUGAGACCGCGAUGAAGGAUUACAAACGCGUUUGCGACGACCGGAUUGAGAAGUUUAUUAUUCGUGUGCAGACCGACUUGUCUCCCGAACUCCGCGUGAAGAUCAUCACUGUGAUUACCAUCGAUGUGCACGGCCGGGAUGUCGUCGAGGGCUUCGUAAACAAGAAGAUCAUGGACGCCGCGGCCUUCGCGUGGCAGUCGCAGUUGAAGUUCUACAUCGGACCAAAACCGCAGAACCCGCCGACUCUGGUCAGUCUCACUCCGGACGAGCUAAAGACGUGCUUUGUGAAGAUCUGCGAUUGGGUCACCGUCUACCUCUACGAAUACGUUGGAAACUGCGGUCGGUUGGUGAUUACCCCGCUGACGGAUAGGUGCUACAUCACGCUGUCGCAGGCCUUGAACUUGACUCUCGGCGGCGCGCCGGCCGGCCCGGCCGGAACCGGAAAGACCGAAACCACCAAAGAUUUAUGCCGCGCACUGGCUUUGCCGAUCGUGGUGUUCAACUGUUCCGAUCAGAUGUCGUACUUGACGACUGCCAACAUUUUUAUGGGGCUGGCGCAGGUCGGUGCUUGGGGUUGUUUCGACGAGUUUAACCGGAUCUCGAUCGAGGUGUUGUCCGUGGUAUCCACGCAAUACAAAGCUAUUCUCGAUGCGAUUCGUGAGAACGCGAAGACGUUUCUGUUCAUGGACGAGGAGAUCAAGCUGAUCGCGACGAUUGGUGCAUUUAUCACCAUGAACCCGGGUUACGCGGGGCGGACGGAACUACCGGAGAACCUGAAGGCGUUGUUCCGCUCCUGCGCCAUGAUCGUGCCGGACUUGACCUUCAUCUGCGAGAACAUGUUGAUGAGUGAGGGAUUCGUGAUUGCCCGUCCGCUGUCGCGUAAAUUCGUGACUUUGUAUGGUCUGUCCGCGGCACUGCUGUCCAAGCAGAUGCACUACGAUUGGGGUCUGCGUGCGGUCAAAUCGCUGCUGCGUCAGGCGGGGAAGCUCAAGCGGAAGGAACCCGAUGCGGAUGAAAACCCGGUGCUGUGCCGUGCGCUGCGUGACUUCAACACUCCGAAGAUUACGACCAUGGACAUGCCGAUCUUCCUGCGCUUGAUCAAGGAUCUGUUCACCGGCGUGUGGCCGGACCCCUUCGUGGAUGUCGAAUUCACCAAGGUGUGCGCGGGCGUGAUCAAGAAACGCGGUUUGCAAACGGACUCCUCCUUCGUCGUCAAGGUGGUCGGCCUGCUUGAUAUCCUGUUUGUGCGUCACUGCUGCUUCAUUAUUGGUCCCGGUGGCUGCUCCAAGACGGAGGUGUGGAAGUCGUUGAUGGCUUCGGUCAAGGAAAUCGGCCAGGAGGGUUUGUGGGAACAGAUUAACCCGAAGGCGAUUACGCACUCCGAGUUGUACGGCUCCAUGUCGAAGACCAAGGAGUGGAAGGAUGGUGCCAUCGCGGUUGUGAUGCGGAACAUGAGCAAGGAGAUGAACGGGUAUAGCAUUUUUCCAGAUGAUUAUAAAUUUUUUUGAUCAUGAUUUGAACCAAUCAUGCAAAACCAAAACAUGCUUAGGCACGUUCUUUUUCAAGGGCAAACGAUAAUUCUGUUUAUUGCAAAAAUGCUACAGUUAUGAAAUAUAGCAAACCCUUAUCAGGUACAAACCAAUCCAUCUCCACCGCUGGGUCAUCCUUGAUGGCGACAUUGAUGCGGAGUGGAUCGAGUCGAUGAACACGGUGAUGGAUGACAACAAGGUGCUCACGCUGGUCUCCAACGAACGUAUCGCGUUCGCGCCCACCAUGCGAAUGUUGCUCGAGAUCGAGAACAUGAAGCACGCGUCUCCCGCAACCGUUUCCCGCGGUGGUGUGCUGUUCAUCAACGAGACCGAUGUGGGCUGGAAGCCUUUUAUGGAGUCGUGGCGUGAAAACCUAGAUCAGGUUGCGCAGUCGACGUUUUACCUGUUGUUCGCGAAUUACUUCGAGGCGAACAUCGACUCCAUCCGUAAAAUGUUCGCCUUCUCGUGCCCGCUGCUCGACAUGGGCUUCAUCCAGUCCAUCACGUGCAUGAUUGACGCUCUAUUGAACAACAACUCAAAGGAAAACAUGGAAGCUUUGAAGCAGAUGUCUGUCGACGAUCAGAAGCUUGUGUACGAGGCCUACUUCAUCUACGCCAUGAACUGGGCCAUCGGCGCAUCCGUCGCGGAUGACAAAGUGACUAACUAUCGUAAGGCCUGGGGCUCCUUCUACAAGGGCAUCGCCAAAGUAAAGUACCCCGAGGCUGGGAAUCCCGAAGACUACCGGUUCGACACGGUGAACAAGGAGUGGGUGCACUGGGAGAACUUUGUCAAGCCCUAUGAGCCGAUUCCGGGCAUCGAAGUGAUGUACCAGAACAUCGUGGUGUCCGGCGUCGACAUCGAGAAGUACAAGUACGUGCUCGACUUGCACAUCAGCCGGUAUAAACCAGUUUUGUACGUGGGUGUGCCCGGUACGGGGAAGACCACGAUCGUCAAGGACUACUUGACAGAAGUGAAGAUCCGCCGCGACGACAUGAUGUCCUCCACGAUUUGCAACAACAGUUACACAUCUUCGUACGCCUUCCAGUCGAUUUUGGUCGGAUCUUUGGACAAGCGGACGGGCCGAACCUAUGGUCCGCCGAGCAACAAAAAAUGCAUCUUCUUCGUCGAUGACUUGAACAUGCCGGCGAUGGACAAGUACGACACGCAAUCCGGUGCCAUGUUGCUGCUGCAAAUGCUCUCCUACAUGCAGAUCUACGACCGUGAUGAUUUUUCCAUCAAAAAGGACCUGCAGGAUAUUCAGUUCGUGUGCUGCAUGAACCCCAAGGCCGGUUCUUUCAUGAUCAACGACAGGCUCCAAAGGCACUUCACUGUGGUGACGACCUUCCUACCCACCGCGGAGUCCAUCAAGGGCGUUUACGGGCCGAUUGUGGAUAAUCACUUUAAGCAGGGCUUCCCGAAAAACAUUCAAGACCUUGGGCCAGUGCUGGUGCAGGCGACAGUUGAUGUGCUGCAGAACAUUUUGAAUACCCCGUGCUUCUUGCCCUCUGCUGCUAAGUUCCACUACCAGUUCAACUUAAAGGACGCGGCCAACAUCUUUCAGGGAAUCGUAUUCACGAACCCGGCCAUGUUCAAAGAUGGGCCGGCGAAGAUGGCGCGCUGCUGGCUCCACGAAGCAAACCGGGUGUUCGGGGAUCGACUUGUCUCGCACUCCGACGUUGCGGAGUUGCAGGCGAUUCUGGAGAAAGUCCAUGGAAAGCACAUCGCUGCGAUCGUGCCCAAGGACGAAAUGUUCCAAGAGCCGUUGAUCUGGACCACGUUCAUGGCGGUGGCGGGCGGGAAUGAUAAGGUCUACUUGCCGAUCAAGGACAUGGCGGCUCUACGCACGACGUUGGAAGACCAGCUGCGCCAGUACAAUGAGGCCAACGCCGCCAUGAACCUGGUGCUCUUCGAGGACGCCAUGAAGCACAUUUCCCGUAUUUGUCGCAUCAUCGACUUCCCAUGCGGCCACGCGCUUCUCGUUGGUGUCGGUGGUUCAGGUAAGCAGUCGCUCUCGUACCUGUCCUGCUUCAUCAUGCAAAUCACUGUGGUUCGUAUUUUGGUCAAUCAAUCCUACGGGAUGGCGGAGUUGAAGCUCGACCUGCAGGAGUUCUACAAGAAGGCCGCGGUGAAGCCUGGGACGCCGCACGCGUUCCUGAUGACGGAUGGGCAGAUCGCGGACGAGCGAUUUCUCGUUUACUUGAACGACAUGCUUUCCUCCGGUAACAUUCCGGAUCUGUUCACCCGCGAGGAGUACGACGCCCACCUGGGCGCGAUCCGCAACCUCGCGAAGGCCGCCGGCGUACCCGACGACCGCGACGCACUGUUUCAAUACUUCCUAGAUCGGGUCAGGAAGAACCUGCACAUGAUUUUGUGCCAUUCGCCGGUCGGUGACGACUUCCGAAUUCGUGGGCGCAAAUUCCCGGCGUUGAUCUCGUGCAUGGUAGUUGACGAGUUCAUGGCGUGGCCGCGGGACGCAUUGCAGGGUGUCGCUGCCCGGUUCUUAGAACCGAUGAUCGACAGUGGCAACUUUCCCACGGAUGAGAUGAUGUCCGCGGUGUGUGAUAACAUGGCGGAGGUGCACUUGUCGAUUGAUGUGGCGAAUGCGCGCUACCUUGCGCAGGAGCGUCGCUACAAUUACACGACACCCAAGUCUUUUUUGGAGCUCAUUGCGUUCUACAUGGUCAUGUUGAAAGACCGUCAGGCCAAGGUGACGGUCAAUUUCGAGCGGUUGGAGAAAGGUCUGACUAUUAUGGAACAGGUGCAGGAGAAAGUCGAGGGUUUGAAAGAGGAUCUAAAGGUGACCAUGGUGCAAGUCGAGGAAAAUAAAACCGCCACUGAUGCGCUGAUCGCACAGGUCACCGAGGCCACGGAUAAGGCAAACAUCGAGAAGGCCGCAGCGAACGAAGAAGCUGAGAAGACGAACGCUCUGGCCGCGGACGCAGCGGCGGUGAAAGCGCAGGCGGAUGGGGAAUUGUCCGAGGCUAUGCCCGCGAUGGAGGCUGCCAAGGAAGCGGUGAACUGCCUGACCAAGCCGGCCAUCCAGGAGUUGAAGUCGCUCGGUAAGCCGCCGGUCGAGUGUAUCGACGUGUGUGCAGCGUGCGCGUUUUUGCUGAAGAACGAGAAGAAGAAGCUCGACUGGAAGGGCGCGCAGAAGAUGAUGAACAAUCCUGGGGCGUUUUUGGAUGAGAUCUUCGCGUUCGAUGCCAACAACAUUCCGGACGAGGCACUGAAGAAUGUUGAGCCGGUGCUUGCGCAGCCAUUCUUCACCUACGACAUCAUGAAGGGGAAGUCCACCGCCGCGGCUUACUUGACCAACUGGGUGAUCAACAUUGUCGGGUACAAUAAGAUCUACAAGAAGGUGGCGCCGUUGAUGGAGAAGGUCCGCAUCGCAACGGAAACGAAAGAGAAGGCCGAAGCGAGUCUAGCGAUUGUCAUGGCGCGGGUCAAAGAGGUGGAAGAGAAAGUCGCAAGCUUGAACGAAACGUUGAGCAACGCCGUGUCCGAGAAAGAAGCGGUCGAGGCGCAAGCGGCGGCUUGUUUGGAGAAGCUCGGUCUGGCGGAACGCUUGGUGAACGGGUUGGCGGAUGAGUACAAGCGUUGGACCAACACGGUGAAGGACUUGAAGGAGUUAGGCCUUCUGUUGAUCGGCGAUUGUUUACUCGCUUCCGAGUUUGUCGGUUACAUUUCGCCAUUUUCGUCCAAUUUCCGUUUGGACCUGUGGAAGAACCAAUGGAUUCCCGAUAUCGAAGGGCGAAAGAUCCCGAUUUCGAAGGGGGUGGAUCCGUUGAAGGUAUCUACCGCAAUAAAGAUUUGGAAUUCAAAACUGACAGACUAGUUGGACGUUGUCCAUGAGAUGCAGAUGAUCUGUCUUAGUACGCAGUAAAGUUACGGCGCCCUAUGCGCGAGUAAAGGAGAAAUACUUCAUAAAUUUUUUGCAUACGCCGCAAUUUGUCCACACAGGUCUUGACCAAUGAGGCCGAGAUGGCUGGCUGGGCUAACGAGGGGCUCCCCGCCGACCGAGUCUCGCUGGAGAACGCCUCCGUGAUCGUGUCUUGUGCCCGUUGGCCGUUGAUGAUCGAUCCGCAGCUGCAGGGGGUGAAGUGGAUUAAGCAGCGGUUCGGCGAGGACUUGACCACGAUUCAACUGACCCAGAACAACUGGCUGAACAAGGUGGUGUACACGAUUUCUAUGGGUCUCACCCUGCUGAUCGAAGCCGUCGGGUCCGAAAUCGACGCGAUCCUCGAGCCGCUGCUCGGGCGUGCGGUCAUCAAGCGCGGCCGCUCGCAGUUUAUCAUCAAGCUCGGUGGUGAAGAGGUCGAGUACGACCCGAAGUUCAAGCUGUUUUUGCAGUCCAAACUGGCCAACCCGCACUACCGCCCGGAGAUCGCGGCCCAGUGUACCAUCAUCAACUUCAUCGUAACGCCGUCCGGUCUCGAGGACCAGAUUUUGGCUAUUGUCGUCAACAUCGAGAAGCCGGAGCUGGAACAAAAGAAACAGGAACUGGUCAGGAAGCAAAACGAAUUCAAGGUGACCCUGUCCCAAUUGGAGGACGACCUUCUCGCUCAGCUGUCCGCGGCGGAUCCGGCCACGAUUUUGGAAAACAUGCCACUGAUUGAAGGUCUGGAAGUGACGAAAGCCACCUCGGCCGAGAUCAACGAGCAGGUACUUCAGUGUUUUUUUUUUGUGUGGUGGUCAUUCUUUUUGCAUUUACUUAAAAAAAUCGCAAACCUCGCACACUCAUGCAUUGAGAGUCCGUUCCAUAGCAAGUGUAAGUUACAAUCAAACAGCUCUCCUUCCACCUCUUCAAUGAAAUUAUCUCAGGUGAAAAUCGCGGUUGCGACCGAGAUCAAGAUCAAUGAGUCCCGCGAAAUGUACCGUCCGGCCGCGGCCGAGGGCUCCAUGUUGUUCUUUUUGAUCAUCCAACUGUGCUUCGUCGAGCACAUGUACCAGUACAGUCUUGACGCGUUCCGUGGCUUCUUGGAAAAAGCAAUCGACAAAGCGCCACAGGACGAGGAUACUCGGGUCCGUGCGCUGCACUUGAUCGACACCAUCCGCAUGGUCGUGUUCCGGUGGGUGAAUCGAGGGCUCUUCGAGAGGCACAAGCUGAUUUUCUGUGCGUUAUUGACCUUCCAAUUGUUUCAGAAGGGUGCUCUGAAUGAGGAUUACAACGCCACCUACAUGGACUUUUUGCUGAAGGGUCCUGUCAAGCCGGGCAUCGAAAACCCAAUUGCCGAAUGGUUGCCGAACACUGCAUGGUUCGCUGUCAACAAGCUCGUGGACCUGGAGGGAUUCGAUUCUUUUGCGCAGAACAUGGAGAAGGACGCCCCGAAUCGGUUUCGCGAGUGGUGCAACGAGCUCGCGCCAGAAGAUGUGAAGUUACCGCUGGACUGGAAGAAGCUCGAGCAGGUUCCGUUCCAGAAAUUGCUCGUCUUGCGCUGCCUUCGUCCUGACCGGAUGACGAUUGCUUUGACCGAAUGGAUCGUGAACGCUUUGCCGAACGGAAAGGAGUACGUCUUCUGCGACGGGUCCAGCUCCUUUUUCACGGUGUUAUCCAAUUCCUUCGAGGAUUCUACCAACACGGUGCCGAUCUUCUUCAUUCUGUCGCAAGGUGCGGAUCCGGUGAAGGAGGUCGAGGCGAUGGGUCGCAAAAUGAUCGGCUUGCAGCCCAACGUGAAUUACCACAAUGUCGCGAUGGGACAGGGGCAGGACGUGGUCGCCAUGGCGAAGCUGGACAUGGGCCACAAGGAGGGACAUUGGGUUAUGUUGCAGAACGUGCACUUGAUGCCGUCGUGGUGUAAAGUUCUGGAGAAGACCCUCGAUAACAUGGCCAUCGAGGGUUCGCACCCGAACUUCCGCUUGUUCCUCUCCGCCGAUCCGUCGAACGGUAUUCCACCGGGUAUUCUCGAGCGGUCUAUCAAACUGACCAACGAACCACCGCAGGGCCUGCAAGCGAAUCUCCGCCGCGCGUUCGCUUUAUUUACAAAGGAGGACUUCGACGACCGCGACGCGAAGGUCAAGGCGAUUCUGUUCGGUCUGUGCCACUUCCAUGCGAUCAUGUUGGAGCGGAAGAAGUUCGGGCCCAUGGGCUACAACAUGAUGUACCCGUUCUCGAACGGUGACUUGCGCGAUUCCGCUUCUGUCCUGUACAACUACCUCGAGGGCUCCUCUUCCGCGAAAAUCCCGUGGGAUGAUCUCCGAUACAUCUUCGGCGAGAUUAUGUACGGUGGACAUAUCGUCGAUGAUUACGAUCGCCGGCUGUGUGCAACGUAUCUCGCCUACUUCAUGCGCGAUGACAUUCUCGAUGAGCUCCAACUUGUUCCCUACUGCGAUAACAAGCUGGUCUGGUUCACCCCUGCGUCUGGUUCUCCGCACGAGAAAGUGGUGGAACACUUGGAAACCAUGCCAGCAGAAUCCCCGCUCUUCUACGGGAUGCACCCGAACGCCGAGAUCGGAUUCCGCACGACGCAAUGUAAUCUCAUGUUCGACACGCUGCAAAAUCUCCGACCCAAAGAAGCUGCGGGUGAUGGCGACGGCGCCACCGCGUCUCCCAUGCAGAUCGCGGAGCAGCUGUGCAACGAGAUCUUCGAGGAGAUCAAGGAGAUCCGGUUCGCGGUGGAGGACACGAGCAAGGGCAUGAGCGAGGAGGAGAAGGGGCCCUACCAGUUCGUCUUCCUGCAGGAGUGUCAGAACAUGAACAACCUGAUCGGCGAGAUGGUCCGCGGCUUGGGCGAACUGCAGUUGGGUUUCAAGGGUGAGCUGCAGAUGUCCGAACAGAUGGAAGCGCUAGCGGAUUCCCUGUUCAAGGAGAAGAUCGCGCCGCGGUGGCAGAAACUCGGGUUCCCGACCACGCGAAACUUGGCAAACUGGCUGUCCAACUUGAAGGAGCGUUGCGAACAGCUGAACGACUGGAUUGGCGACCCGCUCACGAUUCCGAAGGUACAGAUUGAUUGCUUCAAAUAAGAGUAAUGUUUGAUUGAAGUAGUGAAGAAGCUGAAGGUGAAAUAGGAGUUUGUGAUGCAUAAAGAAACUCCUCGUCGUGUAAUAUGUUUGUAAUUAUUGUAUGACGAUUUGCGCGGAAAAUAUUUGUGAUGCCAAAAGGGUGCAGUGCUGAUACUUCCAUCUCCAUCUUCCGGCCUCACCCACAACAAACAGGUCGUCGACAUUGCGAAGUUCUUCAACCCGAGAUCCUUCCUGACCGCGAUCUAUGCAUUGCAAAAGUAUCGUACUCGUAUGAAUGCAUUAGCAUUACAAAUUUCCUUAGCAUCAGAAAUAAAAUUUGUAAUGCAGAUUUGCCUUGGGGACAAGAUUUGUAAUGCAAGACUUGCAUUUAUACGAGUACGAUACUUUUGCAGUUCAUACGAUCAAGCAGCUGUGCUGUCAGCAGCAGCAGCUGGAGCUGGACAAACUGGACAUGUUAUGCAAUGUAAAUUUCCCGUACAUGUACAAAACGCAUGACAAAUUUUGCUAACUUGCAGAAGUGUCCAACUUGUCAUGCUAGACUAGGACUGAAGGCAAAUUUUGUCAUGCAGAGACAGCAUUUGUACGUGUACAGGAAAUUUACUGUGGAUACACGUUCACGGAAGUCACCAAGCGCGAGAAGGGCCAAGUGGACGCCCACGCGCGCGACGGGUGCUACGUGUGCGGGCUGUUCCUGGAGGGAGCGCUAUGGAUUGCAAAAGUGUCUGGGUCUGGAAGAUUUCUUAGAUUCGUCAUGCAUAUUUUCCAUGAGCCGUGAUGUCUGUAAUAUGCAUGCCGCAGCAUCACAGAUUUUUAGACCGCUUUAUGAUACCUCUACCGCAUGAGAAAUGCAGCCCUAUCCGUCGUGUGGCACAAAGUGCACCCCUCUUGCUGGUCAUGGUGCAAUACAAAUUUUUUUAGAGUCCAAAAGCAGCAUGACAAGUUGCAAUCUUUCAGACCCAGACAUUUUUACAGUUGAUAAGCGAGGUGGGAUACGAACACCAACUCCAUGGAGGAGUCAAAGCCGAAGGAGAUGUUCUGCAAGAUGCCGGUCAUCAUCUGUAAGGCGGGCCUGGCGCUGGACCGCGAGGAAAAGAACGUCUACAUGUGCCCGACCUACUGCACGCCCGGCCGCCGCCCGGAUUUCGUCUUCUUGGCCCAGUUGCGCACCAAGCAGCCGCCGCAGAAGUGGAUCCUGGGCGGGGUCGCGAUGAUUCUGGAUAUCGGUAUCUCGAUGUAGAAGUAGAGAGAGUGAGAGAUCACGAUUUUGCCAGCGGGGAAGGAGAAGAGCAAAAAAAUCUAACAGCAGAUCAUGAAAAAGAUUACUUCCACAAGGUAAAUCACAAGGAGAUGAAGACGACUUUCACUUUUCGUGGUUCCGUCUUUGUCGAAACGUGACAAGCUCUUGUUAAAAGAGACAGGAUUUAGCACAUCAGAACUCAACUGAACAGCGUCAAACUACAAGCCACGGUGCUGCUAAUCCGAUUUUGUUAUGAAGACCUCAAAUUCAUUUCUACUCUGGAAAAAAAAUUUAUAGUGCUUGAGGAGUAAAACUAAAAGGUUUGAGCAGUUGGAAAAAGUUUCAGUAUCUAGAUCGCAGUUGCACACAGCUAUUUAUAGUAAAAAAUCAAAUAUCAGACGCCUUGACAAGCAACUGCUAAUUUUUACUAUCGGUGGAGUUAAAUUUUACACAUAUUUGAGCUUUUAUGUUUGUUUCCAUUCUAUUCUUACAGGUAAAUUAUUUCCGAAUUCUAUUCUUAUAUUCGAGUUACAAUCUAUUACACUCGUGUGUUUGAGCCUGGUUUGCACUACUACGACCCAGUCUCUCUCACACGACCAGCACGGCAAUUAUUCAGAAUCAGACAUCAAUUCAGAACUCCGUCUAUUUCUGUGUAAUUAUUUUUACGCAUGGUCGUGAUCAGCACCUCUCGACUUCAGUGUUGAUGACCUUGCAGUAAAACAAGUGGUACGAAAAAAGUACAGUAAGAAUUGUUAAUGGCUAUCUUUCUACAUAAUUUAUUCUAUGCGGUGAAUCAGACUUGCUUUGUUUUCGAGAACUACACUAUGAAAAUAAUUCUAGCUGCCUUUUCGCCUCCCUAGAAUCGGCAGCACCACUUUUCAAAAUCAGUUUCGCAGUAAUCAACAACAAAUCCUUUCUUCACUGUCAGAAGGCUUUCAACGUGUCGCGACAGCUUGUAGCUUUUGCCUGUCUUGCCCGGCUUGUAGGACUGGUAUUCUAAGCUGCGGCUGAAGAGGUAGUUGGAGCUUUUUCGGCGGGGAUGAAAAUUUCUUUUCUUGCUCGAGUUUCGUUUUGUUAUGAAAAAAAUUAUCUUUGUACAGCUUUCUUUGAUCAUGUCCCUGGUUAGAGUGGGGUAACAAUGAAAUCCUUAUCCGCCCCCGCGGCGGAUAAGCCGGGGGGGGCCCCCCCCCCCGCCUUAUCCGCCGGCGGGCCGUGCCGGCAUUGCCACAACAAAGUGGCCGGGCGCCACCAUCGUGUGGAGGACCCGGAUAUGCCGACAGCACCCGGCAUGUUGUGGGCAGAUUUUGAAACACCACAAAGACUGACGGCAUGACGCCGCCGGUCUUUGUGAUGUUUCUUUGAAAGUAGCAGGCGCAGCAAUUGAAGCCUCCACACUGGCGGGGCUGCUUUGGACUUUCAAAAACUCGCCAGCAGAUAUUGACUCAAUUGCCACGCAAAAAGGGAAAAAGCUUGGGAAAUUCGCCGCGCAAGAAACGGCCCAGCAGAUAGCAAGCAACGGGCACACAAGACCAGGCCCAGAACCUGCCUCACAGAAGUAAACUCCUUCCAUGUGCAGCGCGGGGGCCGCCGAGCUUCCUCGCCUACUUCCUUCGGGCUGUGUACUUACUUGCCAGGCCAUGCCGCCCUGCUCUUGCUUGGGCAUGCCCGCGGGUAGCGGCUUAGGGUCCGAAGCGAGAAACACAGUGGGCCGAGGGUUUUAUCUCGCGCGCGCCCGCCUUCGAAGGGUGUGGGUGGCGUGCGCCUGUGCAGACACAAGCCCGCCGCUCGCCAUGGGUUCCCCUGCGUUCUUUUUGUAAUGGGCCCACGCACCGAAACAGGCCGCAACCGCGCCCAUUGCUGCUGACCCAGGCCCCGCGUCUUAUAAAUGUGGGGCGCCAUCGGUGGUAAAAUUACCCCCGGCGGUGUGCUCGACUUAUAUUCCCUCGCGACAGGUCCGAGGUUGGGCAGCCAUUUCCUGGGCUUCGGGCCGGGCCGUGCUGGUGACGCACAGACAUGCUUGCCGCAGCGCGAAUAGCUUCGGCUUCCGCCGCGGCAGUAUUAAUUUAAGCAGCUGCGCUGCGACGUGGGCGACAGCAUCGCAGGCUCUACUUUUGUUCCCCGGCUUUUUUUUCGUGCCGCCCGCCGCCGGCCAAUGCGCUCACUCUGGAUUUCCGGCGCGGCACAAAUUCCCGCCCGGGCGACCGAAGUGAUGCGAGACAGGCCCCGGGGCCCAAUGAGAUUGUCUCGGUUCCCAUUACAGGUUUUCCCGUUCCCGUCUCGGGCCCCAGUGAGGUCUCCCCACCGCACAGGCUCCGGGGCCCUGCGCGACGGGUUGACUGUGGCUCUAGGCAGGUCGCGGCCUGCUACCAGCUACCGCCCCCGCGCUGGCUCACUCUCGACACCCCGGCCGCCACGCCACGCGGCUGCGGGCUUGGUACUGAUUUCACGCGAGACGUGUUUUAGGUGCGCAUUGGUAGCUGUCGGGGCUUGUGGGUACGUAGCUCCCAAAACCAGCAAGGCGCUUACACCUGCAACCAACCCCAGCCUGUACGCGUGAGGCUUGGCGCCCUGCCUUGUUUGCAUGGCACGCUGUCGGACUCGGUCUGUGUGUAUGUAUCUAUUGUCUGCAACGUGAUGAAGCCCGGGCUUCUAUUGACAAACCCCCCCCAGAGAGGCCCCGACAUGCAAAGCCCGGGCCUCUGUUGACCAACCUCGUUCCCGAGGAUUCGAAUCCAGCGGGCGCAUGCUAAACGAAAACAAGAGGAAGGGCAACAACAUCCAGAGCCAGUCUUUUAUCGUUUUCAGGGCUUUUAUACGCCUUCUGCUUCUGCAAGUGCUGACCUGGCUCUUUAUUUUCUUUGUGUGAAUUCCCAAAGCCACGCCUUUCCGCCUUGUUUUGCUUGCGUGAUAACAAUUGGCCUGCCGUGUCUCUUUGUUUUGUUGCUCUACCAAUCCCGGUGGUGCGACCGUCGCACCACCGGGAUUGGUAGAGCAACAAAAAAAACGUCGCCGACGUUUGGCAGCCCCCUGCGUAUUACUUAAACCGUAAGCACCAACGGCGUGCUGUGUCUGUGCCGGCCCGGGGUCCCUCGGGCUCACCCCAGCGGCGCCGGGGCCGGGCCAAUUCAUAGGGCCUAUUCCCGGACAGCCCGCCGGCGGAUAAGCCGGGGGGGGGGGCCCCCCCCCGGCUUAUCCGCCGCGGGGGCGGAUAAGGAUUUCAUUGUUACCCCACUCUUAUGAACACUAAAGUUUCAAGGACAUAAACUAUUUUUACAGGUUUCAGACAAGAUUCUAAGCAAUUUGGAACGCACGAGAACCAAAGUAACUCCAAGCUACUACAUCUAUUGCACAGCACCAACUAAGAAUUUGAACACGCGAUGUUGUAGAAGUCGGCACCACAACAAAAGGCUCCAGCAUACUAGAAAACAACGCAGCUGCAGUAAUUUUCUGUUGUGGUCAAGUCCAUCACAGAUUCGUAGUCGGCUCGAGACGUCGUCGUGGUCGUCGCUGCUACGCUACAAAACUAUGCCGCGUAUGACUGGUAGAAGAGCAAAUACGAAAGCGAAAGCCAGCACUUCAUUAGAAUCUUUUCAGGGACGAGUUACAGUACAGAUCAAAAAUGAUUGCAACUAAAUUUCUUUUAUUUGCAAGUUGAGAACUG